AUGUCCAACAAUCUAUAUUGCUUGCCGAAGAGUGGAGAAAGGCAUGCCCUUGGAGUAGUUUUAGAACUUGGUUUUGAGGAUGUCGUUGAUGUGUCGGGGUUAGAGGUGAUAUUAUCAAAGGCGUGGAAGUGGAUGCUUUUGGAGGGUACUCCCGCCGCCGUGUUUCAGAGGAUUACCCUGACCAUAGGUAUGGCCGACAACGGAGUCCCUCAGCUCACACAGGCCGACCUUAUGGCCCAGAUGGCUGAACUUCAAGCGGAGGUCAAGAGACUGGCCGAGCUGUCGGCACAAAACAGCGCCAACAAACAAGAUGAAGGCAAUCCCAAAAGCUCACCCCAGAGUGCGGCUGACUUGUUAAUCGCCAACCCCCCGAAGGAGAGACUGACGUUGGAUAAUCCCUUCUCUGAGGAAAUCACAAAUUUCCAAAUGCCAAAACACUUCACACUACCCUCCUCACUCGAGCCCUAUAAGGGGAUUGGUGACCCCCGGGCUCACAUUAAGAAAUUUCAGUCUAUGAUGUUUUUUAACGGCCCUAACAAUGAACCUGUACUUUGCCGAGCUUUCCCGACUUACCUUGACGAGGCCGCUUUACUUUGGUUUUCGAAAUUACCUGCAGGUUCGAUCUCCUCUUUCGAAGAAUUGGCAAAGUCUUUCAUCGACUAUUUUGCUGCGGCACGAAUAUACGUCCACGGAUCGGAUUAUCUUGGCACAAUUUGCCAAGGUCCUCAGGAGAGUUUGAAGGACUAUCUGACCAGAUUUGCAGAGGCGACAAUGGAGAUACCCGACCUGGACCCCGCCGUCCACCUACACGCACUUAAGGCCGGCCUCCGACCUGGAAAGUUUAGGGAAACCAUCGCGAUCACCAAACCGCGGACAUUGGAAGAGUUCAGGGAGAGGGCGGCAGGACAAAUGGAAAUCGAAGAACUACGCGAGGCCAACAAAACGAAAAGAAGAUCCAGGAGAGAAGAGGACCGAACACCAAGGUCGCCCCAUAACAAAGACCUCGGCAAACCAUUCAAACUUACUCCGAAAUUCGACAAUUACACCAGAUUCAACACGAGAAGGGAAAGGAUAAUCAAAGAAAUACUCAACGCCAAAAUCAUAAAACCUCCAGCAAGAGCAGGUAGCUAUCAAGACCAGAGGUUCGUAGACAAAAGUAAACACUGUGCUUUCCACCAGAAAUACGGACACACGACCGACGAAUGCAUAAUAGCCAAAGACCUCUUGGAGAGACUUGCUCGACAAGGCCUACUAGACAAGUACAUUGAAGGAAGAAAACAUAAAGGGGAUAAUAGAGACAAGGAGGAACGACAACCGACCUCAGUCAACAAAGAAACUAACAAAUGGUCAAAUGGUAACCAACCCAAAGCAGUCAUAAAUUGCAUAUCUGGAGGAUUCACCGGAGGCGGCGAAACAACAUCGGCAAGGAAACGCAGUUACCGAGCUAUGCUGGCCAUCGAAGGGACAGCAUCACUAAACAAUCAGGAGACACCAGAUCUAGAAAUCACUUUCAACAAAACAGACAUAUGCUCGGCCGUCCCACACCUAGACGAUCCAGUGGUAAUCUCCAUCCAAACAGGCGAUCUUUUGGUAAGAAAAGUCCUUUUAGACCCAGGUAGUAGUGCAGACGUUCUCUUUUAUUCUACCUUCUUAAAAAUGAACUUAUCUGAAAAACUGAUACAACCCUCAUCUGGAGAACUAGUGGGGUUCUCCGGAGAAAGGGUACCAAUAAAAGGGUAUCUAUGGCUAAAAACGACAAUAGGUGAAAAUCCGUUAUCCCGAACCCUUGAUAUACAAUACCUGAUAGUUGACUGCAUUAGUCCUUAUAAUAUUAUUCUCGGGAGACCUGCUCUGAACAUGUUCAGAGCAGUGAUAUCAACUUUUCAUCUAUGCGUUAAGUUUCAGGCACAGGACGGCAGGAUAGCAACGAUCCACUCGGACCGACAACAAGCUCGGCAAUGCUACAACUCUAGCCUAAAAAGAUCGGACACGAGACAGAGGCAACACGAGGUUAAAGCAGUCCAAACUAGAGAGGAAAUCCUAUCCCUAGCCGAACUUGACCCCCGGGGAGACACGCAGGAAAGAUCCCAACCAACGGACGAACUUCAGAAAAUCCAACUAACAUCAAAGUCAGAACAACGGACAUGCCAGGAAUAA